AUGUUAUGCCCCUAUAGCAUUUCUGAUCGAGAGAAUAACGUUUUUAUUUUAUCCACAAAGCCACGUAUACGUUCUGAUCCAUCUGUAGGCAGUCAAAUCUUGAUCUACGGUCAAGCAUUUACAUGGACUGACAAACAUAUACCACCAUCUCAGCUAAAUGAAUGGCGAAAAGAAGGUGACACGAUUGUGGAUGAAUUUUUCGAUAUAUGGGGUCAACAAGUACAAGAUGGUAUGGAUAUCUAUCAUUUCGUUCAAAAUAUCGAUAAUCUAGAAGAACAUACACACAUAUGUGAUGAGGAUGACGGUCAUCAAUGUAUUUGUAAUUUUGAUCGAUUUGUUCGACACACAACACCCGAAUGGUUAAAUAAAAGACAAAUUCAACAAGGACAAAAAGUAUUUUUAAAACAUACUAGUCCAGCUCUACUAUCCAUAUUUCAUUAUACAUUGAUAUUAGGCUAUGGUUUUCCACAACUGAAUGAUGUUCUUACAAAAACUCAAUAUUUAUUAUCAACGCCACUGUCGUUAACCCAUCGUCGAUUAAUUGAAACCUUACAAAUGAUAAUGAGCGUUGUUUGUGGUGACAUUGAUGAUUUUGAUCAGACAUGGGCUGAUGUAAUUCGAGUUCGAUUAUUACACGGAAUGGUACGUUAUAAAAUCAAUAAAAACAGAAAGACAUCUAGUAGCGGUGAUGUACCCAUCAAUCAAGAAGAUCUACUCGUAACAUUAUUAGGUUUUACCUAUAGUAUGUUAAAUUGUAUAGAAAAACGAAUGAAUAUUCAUUUGUCCAUGGAAGAAAAAGAAUCAUAUUUACAUUUAUGGCGAUAUAUUGGAUGGCUGAUUGGUAUCGAAGAAAAAUAUUUAUACUAUGUAUCCUCAUAUAAUUUAGCUACAAUAAUAUCUGAAUCAAUUUUUUAUCAUCAUUAUUUUCCCACAGAAUUAUCAAAACAUAUGGUACAUCAUUCUCUAAUGGCUGUUUAUUUACACGGAUUAAUACCUGUUUCAUAUCAAUUUCAUAUUGGAUUAUGUCAAACACUGUUGGGAAAAGAAUUAUCUCAAGCACUUAAUAUUCAUCAACCAAAUGUUGAUCGAUUACAUUUAUAUUCUAUAGCUCUGCUAUUGAAAAUUUUAAAAUUGAUUAGUUGGUUAGGCACAAUAGAUUUUCCAUUUUUAAGUAAUUUAAUUAUCAAUCGUAAUAGACAAAGAUUAAAAAAAGUUAUUUAUUCAAGUUUGAAUAAUCAAUUACAUAGCUUUGCCUUAUACAACAAAAAUGAUCCAUCUAUAGCAAAAAAAGUAUGUUUAAAAGAUUGUUGUUGUGGCUAUUAUACAAAAAAACGCACAGGAACAGUGAAAACACAUGAUAUUGGAUUAAUAAGAUUAACAGCACCAUUUACUAUCAGACACGUAUUAGAAGAACUUUGGAGUUUACAAUGUGUUUUAUUUAUAGUUAGAUGGUUGUAUAAAACAAUCAAAAGGAACAUUUUUAAACUAAUAUUGUUGGCUGUCAUCUCUUAUUUUUCCAUUUUGAACUGUUUUAAAUAA